CCUCUGGAUAAAGAGGGGGGGUGCAGCUGAAGCACCUUCUCCUCCUUCGCUCUCCUCAUCUUUAUCCAAGAAAAACAAGAAAAAGAACCAAGAAUUAUGGACUUUUCUCUCCAACUCACAUUCAUUUUCCUGCUUUGAAACUGCAGGACGCAGUGUCAAGAUCUCUCACCCCCCCUCAGUCUGCCUCACCCUGCCUUCCUGCCCCCCCUGACAGCAGAUAAAGGCUCUCCCAUGGAGGUGGUACAGCCACUCUGGGGGCCUAACGAGCAGAGGGGAGAUAUUUCCAAGCAAAAGGAGCCGGUCAGCAAGAGACGCAUCGGAUGAAAUCGGACCUUCCUUACACCCCUCGUCCCCCUCCUCUGUUUCUCCCCCUCACACCCCUCUUUCUUUUGCUCCUCUGGUUUUGAGCUUCGGUCAACCUACAUGGAGCCAUAGGAGAGGGGGGUGCUGGAGGAACCUUGUUGCACCCUGAAAUAUGUCUGCGUCCAGCGGGGAGGACGGUUUGCGCACAUCUCCCCAACGCUGCCCGGCGUCUCCGGAGGGAGCUGCAUUUGUUGCCACCCCACUUUUUGGUUACUAAAUGGUUUUCUGGGGAUGGAUUUCUAGCCGACGAGAUGCUGCUCCUACACCUGCUGGCAGCUUUUCUUUCUUCCAUCUCGAGCUCCCUCUCCUCCUCCCUCUCCAUGUCGAAUGGACCCCCACUGGCAGAUCCGACCACCUCGGACUUCAUGGCCGAGACCUGCAGUGCCUGUUUCUGCAUGUCCAUGGAGAACGUGCUGUACGUCAACUGCGAGAAGAUCACCGUCUACCGGCCCACGCAGCUCAUCCCUCCAGCUUCAUCCCUGUAUCACCUGAACUUCCAGAACAACUUUUUAAUCAUCCUUUACCCCAACUCAUUCCUCAACUUCACCCACGCCGUGUCUCUGCAGCUGGGGAACAAUAAAUUGCAGAACAUUGAAGGUGGAGCUUUCGCUGGGAUGAGUGCAUUGAAACAACUUCACCUGAACAAUAACGAGUUAAAGGUGCUGCGGGCUGACACUUUCCACGGCAUCGAAAACUUGGAAUACCUUCAGGCUGACUACAACUUAAUAAAAUACAUAGAAAAGGGAGCAUUUAAUAAACUGCACAAGCUUAAAGUGCUCAUUCUGAACGACAAUCUGAUACAGGCACUCCCUGACAACAUUUUUCGCUUUGCCUCGCUCACACACUUGGAUAUAAGAGGGAACAGGAUCCAGAACCUUCCUUAUUUAGGGGUUCUGGAACACAUUGGGCGCAUUGUAGAGCUGCAGCUGGAUGACAACCCCUGGAAUUGUACCUGUGAUUUAGCACCUCUGAAAGCAUGGCUUGAAAACAUGCCCUAUAACAUUUUUAUUGGCGAAGCCAUUUGUGAGACGCCAAGUGACUUAUAUGGGAGGCUCCUUAAAGAGACCAACAGACAAGAGCUUUGUCCCAUGGGAACAGGAAGUGAAUUUGACGUUCGAAUGCCACCUGCAACAUCUGACAAUAGACAGGUGCCAUCGAAAAUAUCCCCAACCACCGUGGCUCCCGUUGCCACUAAAUCACCAAAAAGCACUGACUCAUCUAAGGUCUACGGGAAUGGGAUUGUGGCUGGUUUGCCUCCUUUUGGAAGAAACAGCCAGAUUGUUUCCUUUCAGACACGGACUCCUCCAAUGUUGUGUCCACAGCCAUGCAGCUGUAAAGCCCACCCCUCUGACUUUGGCAUUAGUGUAAGCUGUCAGGAAAGAAAUAUAAGGGAUCUAGCUGAUCUCAUUCCCAAACCCCCAAAUGCCAAGAAACUUCACCUAAGUGGAAAUUACAUACGUGACAUCACCCCCAAUGAUUUCCAAGGGUUUGAUGGCUUAGAUUUGCUUCAUCUUGGCAGCAAUCAAAUUGCCACGUUACAGAAAGGUGUGUUUGCCAACCUCACUAAUCUGAGGAGACUCUAUUUGAAUGGAAACCAGCUGGAACAGUUACACCCAGAGAUGUUCUUAGGCCUCACGAACCUUCAGUACCUUUAUUUGGAAUACAAUGCCAUAAAAGAAAUUUUAGCUGGCACAUUUGAUUCCAUGCCAAAUUUACAGCUCCUGUAUCUCAACAACAAUGUUCUUCGGAGUCUCCCAGCCUAUAUCUUUGCAGGUGUCCCUUUAGCCAGACUCAAUCUGAAAAAUAACCACUUCAUGACUCUGCCAGUGAGUGGCGUUUUGGACCAGCUGCGCUCGCUGAGCCAGAUAGACUUAGAGGGAAACCCAUGGGAGUGCUCCUGUGAUGUGGUUGCACUCAAACUCUGGUUACAGAAGCUAGGUGAUGGAGUGGCUGCUAAAGAUGUGAAAUGUGCCUCCCCUGUGCAGUUUUCCAACAUCGAACUACGCCUAAUAAAAAAUGAAAUCCUCUGUCCUAAGCUUGUGAGGCCACCAUUUGUUGUCACUAGUGCCACCCCUUUUUUGACAUCACUUUCUCCAGCAGGAGUCGGCAAGGCACCUCCAGGAGGGCCUGUGCCACUCUCAAUUAUGAUCCUCAGCAUCCUUGUUGUGCUUAUCCUUACUGUGUUUGUGGCCUUCUGCCUUCUAGUCUUUGUCCUGAGGCGAAAUAAAAAGCCAGUGGGCAGGCAGGAGGGGCUGGGGGGUCAGGAGCACACCUCCAUGUCACUACAGCUUCGCCGACACAGCCACAAAUCUGGCAAAAAAGGCUCUAUCCCAGGGGAUGACUUAGGAGGGGAAACAUUUAUCCCACAAACCAUUGAACACAUUGGCAAGAGCCACACCUGUGGGAUUGGACGCUCGUCAGACAUGGAUGCUGGCUUCAAGUUCGCCGACUCUCAGAGACAAAAGAUCAUCUUUCGUUCUUGUGUUGACAAGGAUAAAGACGCUCUUUCCACCCUGGAGCGCAACAAGCGACUCAGCACUAUCGACGAACUUGAGGAGUUCCUUCCGAACCGAGAGCCCAGCAUGUUCAUCCAUAACUUCUUGGACAGCAAAAGGGAUUUCAACAGUAUAGGGAUGGGCGGGUAUGAAAUCCGCUACCCAGAAAAGACAAUGGAUAAAAAGAUGAAGAAAUCAUCACUUAUAGGCGGUAACCACAGUAAAAUUGUGGUGGAGCAGAGGAAAAGUGAGUAUUACGAAUUGAAAGCCAAGCUCCAGGGGACGCCUGAUUAUCUGCAGGUGCUCGAGGAGCAGACUGCUUUGAGUAAAAUGUAGGGAUUGUUGUGUUUGAUGUUUUGCAUUGAUUACACACUUACACAUGGAAGUCAGACACGACCAGACAGACAGUCAAACACAUCUGUCUCUUUCUUCUUUUAUGUUCUUGGCUACACAAACACACCAUUCAGUCUCUCAGAUCUCUGGUCCUUCGUUUUCAGCUCUACACUCCCUUACUUACUCACACACUUCACACACAGAGCAAAAAAGUGCCUUCAGGAAAUCCUUAAUGACCAAUGCAGAGAUAGACAAAAUGGCUUCUCACUACAAAGCUAUUAUUAGAACCCGUGUGGAUGUAUUUCAGAGUCAGAGAUCCAUAC